UAAUUACAAUAAACGGUUAUUUUUACUAAGUUUCAUUGAUUUGUUCUUAGAAAAUCAUUCCAGAAUACUAAUUUUUCCUAUCUGAAUAAGAUAUUAAUAAAUAUAUAAAAUGUGUAUUCGCGUUUCAAGUUUCCUAUGUUUUGAUAACAGUGAAGAAGCAACUUGCUACUCAGCGUUUAUAAUUGGAGUAGCUUUACUCUGUUGUCAUGAUCUUGGAUUUGGUAACAUCCAAUAAUCUUGCGCUUGUGGAAAUAUAUUCUGAAGAUACACAUUACAAGUGGUAUUUUGUUACUAACAUUAUUGAAUGGUUCGCAUUGCUAAUAUUUAGCUUUCUUUUGUACGUUGCACUCGAACUGGAAAAUUAUAAAUUAAUGAUGCCUUGGAUGGUAUGGAUUUGGGUUAAAAUGAUUAGAACUAUAUUAGUUACAUUUAUUUCUCUGAUAGUUGUACAUUCUUCUCAUCUUUUCAUUACGGUUCUUCAAAGUAUAUUAACACUUAUCUUCUGUACUACAGGGUUGUAUUUUUUUAUUUGCGUCUACAAUCACUACAUAAUUCUAAAAGCGAGAGAACUACUACUAAUACCUGAACGAAUCUCAACUAAUUCUAUAGAUAUAUCCAAAGAGAAUUCUUAUCUUUCUUACGAUAUCGAUGUCUCACACCAAGUUCGUGAUACUAAACCAAACAUUCCUGAAGAUAUUUCUGGUGAAAAUCAUUUGUCUGCUUAGAGUAAUUAUAAUGAAAGAUGUAAAAAAUAUAUAAUUAUUAUUAUAUUGUAAUAAA